CAAUCUUAAAGAAAAUUAAACCUUAUCAUAAAAUUCUUGAAAUGGAUCUUUGGGAUGAUAUUGUUUCAAGAUCUUUAGAUCCAGAUGCAUCUGUUAGUUCUCCAAUUUUACCUUCUCGUCCUUGGUUUGGUGCUUAUAAUUUCGGAAUGGGAGAAUAUAAUAAAUCUACUCCUGGAAAAUGGUAUUAUGGUAAUAGUUAUUAUGAAAAACAAAUAACAAACAUAAAUGAUUGGUUUAUUAUAGAUGAAUAUGAAGUAUUUCAAAUUUGUGAAAUUUAA